UAGAGCACAAAAAGAGCACUGAGCAAGCUUUUUCUCUUAAUUCUAACAGUUUCUAUGCUUUGCUUUGAUGAAAUGCUUAGUUUCUGUUUGUACGCGAUACGAUUAAAAUCAAACGUGUGUUGUAAAUUGUAAAGAAUUCAGAUUGGGCAAGUCACUAGUUUUUAUAAGAGAAAGAAUUAGAAUUAUUUGUUCUGUCUCAAAUAUAAAUAUGGCCAGCCAAGCGCUAAACAUAUUACAACUAAAUGACUAUUGUUUGAUACAUAUAUUGACAUAUCUCGAUGUCGAAGAUCAGCUUAGUCUUGCACAUAGCUGUGUAGGCUUUCGUCAAUUGCUUUUAAACUGCACCCAGUUGCUUUAUCCAAUAUACGAAUUGAACAUAGACUUCUAUUCAGAUGUUAAUGAGCUAAAGCUUUACUGUGUUAUAUGCAAAGAACUGAAAAGCUUCAGGCUGAAUAUAGAAGCUUGCUCUCAUCGUAAAUUGAAAUAUUUAAACAAGUCUUUGAAAACAAUGCAUUGCUUGGAAAGAUUUGAAAUAAUUGCAGGCACUCCCCGCGCUGAUUUUUUGAAUGAGACUUUUGAAGCGCUCACGACGCUAAGCAACUUGAAAAGCUUCUGUGUGGACAGUCUUUUAUUUUCUUCUGAUGUUCGUAUUCUGGCUAAGCUUACGCAAAUUCGUGAGUUAACAGUUAUUUCCUACACAAGCGCACUGGAUAUUGGGCGCAUAUGUAAUUCGCUUAGUCAACUACGUUUUUUAAAAGUUGAUAAAUUCACUGAUUCACCCUUUAAUGAAUUAGUACUUAACUGUAAAAAUCUAGUGGAAGUUGAAUUUACUAUAGGCAGUUUGGGAUGUUGCGCUGUGCUUGCCGAAUUAGCAAGUCUUCAGAAAGUUACCAUCAUAUACAAGAAUGUAAACAGUUUCAACCACAACAAAGAUUUAAUAUUCAAUCUAUUGGCAGCUUUUGCUGACAAGGCUCAAACAACUCAAUUGCGCAGCAUCAUAUUUCAUAACAGACCUUUAACGUUUCGUGAAAUCUUUGCGCUAGUCAAAUUAAAAUUUCUACAUGAACUUUUGUGUCACUUUGAAGAUAAUCGCUGCAUAGAAAUGCUAACGCAAUUAACUGAGCUUAAAUGUCUUUAUAUAAUACCAUGCGCUCGCUCUUGUGGCGCAUACGAGAUCCUUGCAGUUUUGAGAGCCUGCAAAAAGCUGCAGCGCUUGCAUAUUAGAGCCAAUUUAAAAAAAGAUUUUGUGCUUCAAGCAAUGCAGCAAGUGGGCAAACAAACGCUGGAAUUGUAUACAGAUGGACUGGAUCUGCUAAGUCAGCAAGAUAGGCUGCAGAUCGAGAGUAGUGGCAGCAUAACGCUGGUUAAAAGUUCUGCUUGGUUUCGAACAUAAGUAGUGCGAAAUUUUUAAAUGAGCAUUGACUAUAAAUAUAAUAUAA